AUGUAUAGAAGAGAUUUUAAUAUCAUAAUAUUUAAUAAUAAAUUUUUCAUUUUUAAAAAAAUUUUGCAUGCUAAGAUAUGUGAAUUAAUAGUAGGUGAAAUGAAUUUUUCUAAAGCUUGA